AUGCAAGUUGGUUAUUCUGCUCGGAGGCUUCAGACACUUGUUUCUUGGCUGCUGUUCAUCACCAUUCUCAACACAAUCUUUUCUGACCAAUCCCUCUUUAUCUUGUCUCACAAGCAAAGUCAAGACCGUUCCUCUACUUUCAAAAUUCUAGCAGAACUUUACUGUUUUAAAACGUGUCCGAAUCUUCUCACAGUCUACAACUACGAGGACGAAGCAGUCGAGGAGAUGAUCAGAAUCUCAGAGAAGAAGGGUGUAAAGCCCAAAGCAGCGGAGUUUUCAUGGCCGAGCACUGAGAUUGUGUCGGAGAAGCUGAAGAGGAACAUCACGAGGAGUAAGAGAAGAAGAGACAAAAGAGGACUCUUUGUGUUUCCGCUUCAGUCUCUUGUCACGGGAGCUUCGUAUUCUUACUCGUGGAUGAGUUUAGGGCUUUCUCUGUUCCGACCAGACUUUCUCAUCUGUUCUUUUACAGAGGUUUUAGGACAAGAAGAUUCUCCCGGUUUUGGUUGCUUGUUCUUCAAAAAAUCUAGCUCUCAAGCUUUGUCAGAAGCACCAGAACUCAUCACAAUAAUCAAUCGAAUCUCACGGUCGUGA